AUGCGCGCCCCGCCGCUGCUGCUGUUGCUGGCCGCCUGCACGCCGCCGCCCUGCGCCGCGGCCGCCCCGACGCCGCCGGGCUGGGAGCCGGCGGCCGACGCGCCCUGGUGCCCUUACAAGGUGCUGCCCGAGGGCCCCGAGGCGGGCGGCGGGCGUCUGUGCUUCCGCAGCCCCGCGCGGGGCUUCCGCUGCCAGGCGCCCGGCUGCGCGGCGCACGCCUCGGCCGGCCGCUCGCUGCGCGCCAGCGUCCUGCGCAACCGCAGCGUCCUGCUGCAGUGGCGCCUGGCGCCGGCCGAGGCGCGCCGCGUGCGCGCCUUCGCGCUCAACUGCUCGUGGCGCGGCGCCUACACGCGCUUCCCGUGCGAGCGCGUGCUGCUCGGCGCCUCCUGCCGCGACUACCUGCUGCCCGACGUGCACGACGGCGUGCGCUACCGCCUGUGCCUGCAGCCGUUGCCGCUGCGCGCCGAAGCCGCCGCCUCCCCGGAGCCCGCCGAGUGCGUGGAGUUCGCGGCCGAGCCGGCCGGCAUGCGGGAGAUCGUGGUGGCCAUGACGGCGGUGGGCGGCUCCAUCUGCGUCAUGCUCGUGGUCAUCUGCCUGCUGGUGGCCUACAUCACCGAGAAUCUCAUGCACCCGGCCUUCGCGCGCCCGGGCCUGCGCAGGCAGCCCUGAAGCGCGAGGCGCCUGACCGCUCGCCCGGGCUCCGGCCGCCCGACUAGUGCGCGGGAGGCCCCGGGCCCUCGGCCCGCUCUCCCCUCCUCGCUCCUGCUCCCUCCUUAGGAUCUCCAUGCUGGGCCUGCUGGAGUUGGAUGGGGCACCGGCCGGCCCUCGCAGGGGCCUCGGAGUCAUCGCACGACCUUCCCGGCCGAGCAUCCUCCUCCCAGACUCCAGCUGGGGGCCGGCCCUGGGGCCUGAGCAGGGUUAUCUCCGCUCUCCGGAGGCCUUUGGGGGAGCCAUCAGAACCUGGAGCCCCUUCCAGCAAGAGCCAUUGGCAUCCCGGGCCGUCCCUCUGCACCUGCAGCCUGUGCCGAGUUAGAAGAGUCAGGCCUGUCGUCACGGCUUGGUCACCGUGUGCUUUGCCGAGGGUGUCCUUUGGAGACUGUCCUCUCCCUGCCCCCCCACCCCACCCCCGACGGCGGGCUUAGGUAGCUUCGUGCCUUAGUAUCCCGGGCCCACUGCACGAGCCAGCUUUCCGUCCAGCGCUGUCCGAGGGGCCGUGGCCGUGAUACUGGCGGCGUGUGCCAGCUUCUGGCGGAGCAACCUGGGCCCCUCUCUCCAUGCUUUGCGGGAGCGUCUGGUUUGGGUGUCUGACGAGCUGGGAGUCAUCAUUCAGCUCAGGAGGCGGCCCAGCAUCCAGCUGCUGUGUCCAGGGGGGGUGAAGGAUAGAGGUGGCCCCCUGCCCAGCUGGACCUUCCACCGGGGCCUGGAUCCCAAGCCUCAACCACAGCACGACGGGCAGCGCCACCCCACCCCUCCUCAAGCUGGUGGCCAGGAGCUCAGCAUUUGCCCCUCUGCCCACUCUGCGUGGCCUGAAAGCGGCCCUUGCCCCUCUCCAGGCAGACCUUCCUACGUCAGCCUCCUGGUGAUGCUGGGCCUCGGGGGAGGGGUGCAGGCCUGGCUCUCCUCGAACCCCUGACUGACGGUCCUGGACCUGACACUUCUGGAGUCGCUGUGGCUAACUCCUCCCCACCCCCACUCCAGCAGCGACCAGCAACCUGGCUGGUUGCCUCCGCAGCACCCGCUCCCUACCUCUGUCUUUGCUCUGCCUUCCCCUGGCGUGGCACUGGUCAGGGGUGAGCCUGGCACCAGUGUCUAAAUGUCCAUCGUUCUUAGACCAAAA